UCGCAUAGCAUACCAUAUCCCUCUGUAACAGAAAGCGAACUCAACUAUUGCACGAAAACACACACACACAUUUAGCGUGAUGCAGAGUACGUCGCCGUUUUAAGAAUCGAUGGUGUAACAACAUCUUCAGUGCUUCACACACAAAUACUUAAUGUCAUGGUGAGGAGGAGGGAGUGAUAAAGAAACUACCAAAUCAGUGGCGUAUACUGAAAACGACAACGAAAUGGAGUGCGUUUCAGCGAGAAACCUGGCGGCAAUGGCGUUUUGCGUGAGUCCUUCGCCAAGGUUGAGAUUGCGGAAGAAGAAGCUGUGGAGAAGACGAACCGCGUCUGGAGGCCAUGGCGUUCGCUGGCGCUCGCGGUGGCUGAAGGUGGAGGCGAAGGCAGGGGGCGAGAGUUGCGUGGCGACCAAAGAAGACUUCGCUGAUGAGGACGAUUACGUGAAGGCCGGUGGCUCCGAACUCGUUUUCGUACAAAUGCAACAGAACAAAGCCAUGGAAAUGCAAUCCAAGCUCGUGGAUAAGUUGGCCCCUAUAGGAGAUGAUAUACUGGAUCUAGUUGUGAUUGGUUGUGGUCCGGCUGGUCUUGCUCUAGCUGCUGAAUCAGCCAAGUUGGGACUAAAAGUUGGGCUCAUUGGCCCGGAUCUUCCUUUUACAAAUAAUUAUGGUGUGUGGGAGGACGAAUUUAGAGGUCUCGGACUUGAAGGUUGCAUUGAACAUGUUUGGAAGGAUACCGUUGUCUAUCUGGACAACAAGGAUCCCGUUUUUAUUGGACGUUCCUAUGGACGUGUCAGUCGGCAUCUGCUUCAUGAGGAAUUGUUAAGCAGGUGUGUCGAGUCAGGUGUCACAUAUCUUAGCUCAAGAGUAGAAAAUAUUAUUGAGGCGAGCAAUGGUCACAGUCAUGUCGUCUGUGAAUAUGAUAUUAUAGUGCCCAGCAGGCUUGUUACUGUUGCAUCAGGAGCUGCUUCGGGGAAACUGUUGCAAUAUGAGGUCGGGGGUCCAAAGGUUUCUGUUCAAACAGCUUAUGGUGUGGAAGUUGAGGUGGAAAACAAUCCUUAUGAUCCAAAUGUGAUGGUUUUCAUGGAUUACAGAGACUACGUGAAGCAAAAUGUUCAAGGUCUAGAAGCAAAUUAUCCAACAUUUCUAUAUGCAAUGCCCAUGUCCCGUACAAGAGUGUUUUUUGAGGAAACCUGUUUAGCGUCAAAAGAUGCGAUGCCUUUUGAUUUACUAAAGAAGAAGCUCUUUUUGAGAUUAAAUUCAAUGGGGAUCAGAAUUACUAAAACUUACGAAGAGGAAUGGUCUUAUAUCCCAGUUGGCGGAUCCUUACCAAACACAGAACAAAAGAACCUUGCAUUUGGUGCAGCUGCCAGCAUGGUGCAUCCAGCCACAGGGUACUCCGUUGUGAGAUCUUUGUCAGAAGCUCCAAAAUAUGCUUCAGUAAUUGCUAAUAUUUUGAAAGAUGGCCAUGCCAAGGACAAUAUUACCCAAGAAAGAAGAAAGGAGAAUUUAUCUAUGCAAGCUUGGAAUACACUUUGGCCACAAGAAAGGAAACGGCAGAGGGCAUUCUUUCUUUUUGGAUUAGCUCUAAUUCUGCAGCUGGACAUUGGGGGAAUUCGAACAUUCUUUCGUACUUUCUUCUGCCUACCUGAUUGGAUGUGGCAGGGAUUUCUUGGCUCCUCACUCUCCUCUACAGAUCUUGUAUUAUUUGCUUUCUACAUGUUCAUAAUAGCACCAAAUAACUUGAGAAUGAGUCUAGUGAGACAUCUGCUUUCAGAUCCUACUGGUGCAAUCAUGAUUAAGGCUUACUUAGCGGUAUAGUACGUUUCUUUUACUUAUUUCCCACGUUAGGUACUCGUAUUGGGAGACAGGUUAGAUUACUAUAGGAGCCAUUACAGUAAUUAGUAGGUUCUUGUAUAGACAUACAUAUUUUAAUCUGAUAUGGUCUUAUGAAUUUUAUAUCCCAUCUGCAAUUAACUGCACGUCCAUUUUA